AUGAUUUUGCAUCUCCUGGGAGGGAACUGUAAGUAAACAACACAGUUCCGUCCCCUGUCAGCUCCUGCACACUGCUAUGCAUGGCUUUGCAUAGCAGAGCCAUACAAAGCAGUGUGCUUACAGUGAAGCACACACAGAACACAGUAAAACAGCACACAGUUAACCCUUUGGUCACCCCAGAUGUUAACCCCUUCCUGCCCAGUGCCAUUAGUACAGUGUCAGUGCUUUUUAUUAGCACUGAUCACUGUAUUGGUGUAACUGGGGAUGUCAGUUACACCAAGUCGAGCCAGUUCCCCCCAGUGGCAGAAUGCCCACCGCAGUCCCACAGCCCCGCUAUAAGUCACUGUUUGCUGCCAUUACUAGUAAAAAUA